GCAGAAGAGGAGGAAGAAGGCGUCCCCGGAGUUCGUGAAGGAUUCACCAGGUCGUCAGGCAGCUCACGGAGCAGCUUCUGAGAAGAAGGGGGCGCGUGAUGGCGGAGCAGCUUCUGAGAAGACGGGGGCGCGUGAUGGCGAUGACCGCCGCGACAAGGCUGAUCACCGGAAGGGGGACAAGGUGAAUGUGAGGCGCAAGAGGGCCCGGUCCACAUCUGAAUCGUCCUAUACAAGCUCAAUGGACAAGAGGCCAUUGACAAAGCCC